GGUGUCUCUCAGACCGGAGGACUCAUGAGCGACCCGGAGAGCGCCGCGUUAACCGGGACUGCCUGACCCGGAGACCGAACCCACCUCCACCCACUCGGGCCCCCACCUCCUCUCUUGUUGGACCUAACCCCCACCGGCUCUGCUUUUCUCGGAUUUCUCCUCCCCUGCCCCGGUACGGACCGAUAUGUUGCGGAACCUGAGAGCGCGCCCGAACGGAUGAAUGAAUGGCAGAGAUGGAGCGAAAACUACUGAGUCAGGUGGUCUGUGUGUGUGUGUUCCUGAGUGGACGAGUUUCCCCGGUCGAGUUAACCUGCGAGACUUUGAUUCUGCUGUCGACUAACCUCACAGCAAGGACGUUGGCGUUACUAAACCAGACGUUCACCAUCAGUAACUCCUCAGGCCUGUACUGUGACCUGUCCGUGGACGGUAUAGGAACCUGUUGGCCUCGUAGUGCAGCAGGAGAGCUGAUCUCCCGACCCUGCCCUGAGCAGUUCAACGGCAUCCACUACAACACCACCAACCGGGUAUACAGAGAGUGCCAGUCCAACGGCAGCUGGGCUUCUCGAGGAAACUACAGUCAGUGCACAGAGAUCAUCAUCCUGAGGAAGAGCAAAGUUCAUUAUCAGGUGGCCGUGAUCAUCAACUAUCUGGGUCACUGCAUCUCUCUGGGAGCUCUGCUGCUCGCCUUCACUCUCUUCAUGAGACUCAGGAGUAUUCGUUGUCUGAGGAACAUCAUCCACUGGAAUCUGAUCUCCGCUUUUAUCCUGAGGAACGCCACUUGGUUCAUUGUGCAGUUAACGAUGAACCCCGCUGUUACCGAGAGCAACCAGGUGUGGUGCAGGCUGGUGACAGCAGGUUAUAAUUACUUCCAUGUAACAAACUUCUUCUGGAUGUUCGGUGAAGGUUGUUAUCUCCACACAGCCGUCGUCCUCACCUACUCUACCGACAAACUCAGGAAGUGGAUGUUCAUCUGCAUCGGUUGGGGUAUUCCAUUUCCCAUCAUUGUGGCAUGGGCUUUCGGGAAGCUGUAUUACGACAACGAGAAGUGCUGGUUUGGAAAGCGGGCGGGGGUUUAUACAGAUUACAUCUACCAAGGCCCCAUGAUCCUGGUCCUGCUGAUUAACUUUGUGUUCUUGUUCAACAUCGUUCGGAUCCUGAUGACCAAACUGAGGGCGUCAACGACCUCAGAGACCAUCCAAUACAGGAAGGCGGUGAAGGCAACUCUUGUGCUGCUGCCGCUGUUAGGAAUCACCUACAUGUUAUUCUUUGUAAACCCUGGUGGAGAAGACGAGGUUGCACAGAUCGUCUUUAUCUACUUCAACUCCAUACUGGAGUCCUUCCAGGGAUUUUUUGUCUCUGUUUUCUACUGUUUUCUCAACAGUGAGGUCCGCUCUGCUGUCAGGAAGCGCUGGAUUCGUUGGCAGGACCGUCACUCCAUACGGAGCCGGGCAGUGCGUGCCACGUCACUGCCCACCUCACCCAGCAGAGUUUCCUUCCACAGCAUCAAGCAGUCCUCAAACCUCUGACCUCUGACCUCUGACAGCUCUCUGUUGGACCUGAACUUACCCACUUGGCCAAUCAGAGGUGUUAUUCUGGAUCUGACCAGAAUGUCCAACCACAGAUUUGUGGAGCCAAAAAGAAGAGGAUCAGUAAGGCUUUUCUGGCCCUGCCCAUUCCACGUUCCAACCAAUCAGCUGCUUCCUUUGGGUCAAAUGUAUAUCAGACAUUCGCUGUCUAUAUUGUAGUACUGAUCACCAGCUUUCUACAGUUUACUAGAAGUGACACUCACGCACACAAACACAAGUGGUGUAGCUAUAUAUCGCUGCUACAGCUUCAGAUCCAUCUGCCUUCGGACUGUUUCAGCUGAGCUCCUGAUCAAAGAUAUAUCAGACAGAAAACCUUGUGAACAAUGUGAAACAAAAUGUUUAACAGUAAUAAAUUAAUAACCAAACAACUUUGGAAAUAGUUUAAACAGACUGAUAAGAUACAACUUAAUAGUUCGGCAGUUUUUUGAAGUUCAGAGAUUUUAUUGAAAAGUCUGGUUAAACUUUAUUUUAGUUUUUUUCUCAAGUCAGCUGGUUCAAGGUAAAACAGCCCACAGAAGCAGAUUCCUUCCAGAGCUCCAUCAGUACAGCUGGAGAUCCUGAACGCAACAUAAAGCAGAGCGCUGCUGGAAGCAGGGAGCGCAAUGGCUGACUGAAAAUGUAAAUUCUGUUUUGGUUCCUUUGCUUAUAUUGUGUCACCGAUUUUUUAGAAUAAACUCUCUUCUGUUCUAAUUCAUUCAAGCACAAUUCAUAACAAAAACAUUUUAAAUAACUUCUGGCAGCACUAUAAUCAUUUUAUAGAUUAUACUCAAUUAUAAAUGUAAUGAUGUGAGUUUAUAAUAGAGUCCAUCACAGUAAACUUGGACAUUUAGUGAAAUAUAGAGGGUGCUAAAACAUGACGGUUAGUUCAUGUUGAGUUCUGAUAUUAUAAUAUAUUCCACAGUUUUAUUGCAAAUUGGAUGACAACAAGAAAUUUAUGGAUUACCUCAAAUUCUGAGGAUAUGUCAGUACAAAUAAAAACCCAUCCCAGGUUAAACCAAUUUGAAGAUUAAUAGAAUUUUGGCGAGACACAAUGACACAUGUGAGGAUACAACAAUGUGUGCAUUACUACAAAUAUUGGGUGAACUGUAAAAAAUAUAUUAGUGUCAAUAAUAAAUUUGGAGUUUGUUAAUUAAAAUGUGAAUUAGAGAAAAUUCUGGGCAGUGCUGCAUUAAAACCAAGGAAAAAAAGCAGAGACAACACCAAACUCCUAAACAUAUUUAACAUAUUUAUUUGCUAAUUUUGAGGUUUGUGAACCGUGUGUUUUUGAGAUAUUUGCACUUUCCAUGAGAUGGACACUGUACAGAACAGGUUUAGUUUAGUAGAAAAUCUAUUUAUCAUAAAUUGUUAUUGUUGUUGUGCAAUUUGCACCCUGUAGAGGUAUCUGCAAGUCUUUAUUGAAAUAAAGAUUUUGGUUGGCCCUGAUAAAAACCAGUAUUACUAGCACUAGCUGUAGUAACCGCAGUAACCAUAGUAACCCGUAGUGUGUUUAGUACUUAUAAGUCCGCGUCGCAGGAAACACUCAGGAUAAAACACAAACUGCUCCUCUUCCUCCUUUUCCCUGUAUUCAUAUUUUUCAGUAUUGUGCCUGGAUGUGUGUAUGUAUGGCUGCGGGUGUGUGUAUGUUUGUGGGCCGAUUGUCCAGCUAUCUUUGUGAGGACCUGAGUUUUGGACCCCAGCAUGAGGACAUCUUGUGCUGAGGUUCUCACAAUGAUAGUCGUACAUAUGUCUGUGUGUCUGUGUUUAUAUAAUUAUUGGUUAAAAUAUCUGUGGCAUUAUUUGCUGGAAAAAGCUUGAUAAAUAUCUGAUGUAAAAAUAUUAGUUUUUGUAUAUAUUGAAUUUAUAAGAACAUCAGAUUAACAUCUUUAUUUAAUCUGUGAUGGUUUGAUAACACAGUGAGCGCUUGGUUUGCGACACUGGAAUAACGUAAAGCUGAGUGGGGUUUAAAGUUGAUCUGAUGCUGUACAUUUAGAUGUGACCCCUCCGUAUGUAUGUAUGUCUGACAUGUAAGAAAUAAACUUGUCCUCAGGA